AGGAAGUCGCAGCCUACGCAAGUCACGUUGGCCGACGGUCAAACGCACAAGUCAAUCGACCGGUGCAUUGAUUCCGUCCCGUGUACUUCACCCCUCAUGCAAGUGAGGUCGUGUCCUUCGACAUUUUGGACACUCAGUUCGGCAUGAUCUUGGGCAUGUCAUGGCUGCAAAGCGAGGAUCACCCGGUGAAUUUCUACCGCCGCACUGUUCAUAUUCGUGAUCAGAACGGAGUACUAGUCUCAUGCACGGUGCCUCCUCCUCACCCUUCGAUCAGUUGCCAUGUGCUGUCCGCCGCAAGCAUUCGAGCUUCCAUCAUGAGGGAUGACAUCAAGGAGAUGGGGGUGUGUUUUCUCCACGCCCUACCUUCCCAUGACAUUCCAUCGACGGACUCAUCACUGGACCCACGCAUCACCGAGCUUCUCGACGCCUACGGCGACGUGUUCGAAGCCCCGCACGGAAUAGUACCAGAUCGGCCCAUCCGCCACGAGAUCAUCCAGGUCGGGGCCGUACCUCUGCGUGGUUGCAUCUACCGCAUGAGCGAGGAAGAGUUAAGUGUGCUACGGGCACAACUCGACGACCUUCUCGAGAAAGGUUGGAUUCGGCCUAGCUCUUCGCCAUACUGUGCUCCCGUUCUCUUCGUCCGGAAGAAGAACAUGGAUUUGCGGUUGUGCACCGAUUAUCGCAAGCUCAACGCGCAAACCGUCAAGAACGUCGGCCCUCUCUCAUGCAUCGACGACCUUCUCGAACGGCUGGGCGGCGCCAAGUUCUUCUCCAAGCCUGACCUCAAAUCGGGAUAUCACCAACUCGAGAUCCGGCAGGAGGACCGCUACAAGACCGCGUUUAAUAGAUUCGUACUCAUCUACCUCGACAACAUCUUGGUGUACAACCGGAGUUUGGACGAGCAUGUGAAGCACAUAGGCACCGUUUUGGAGCCGCUACGGCAAGUCAAGUACAAAGUCAACCGCGGCAAAUACAAAUUCGCGCGGCAAGAGUUGGAGUACUUGGGAAAUUAUGUGACGCUGCAAGGCAUCCGUCUGCUUGCGGACAAGAUUGAGGCCAUCCGCGUAUGGCCCGAGCCCCCCAACACCACAGACGUUCGCUCAUUCAUGGGAUUGGCGGGCUACUAUCAACGCUUCAUCACCAGGUAUUCAAGGAUUGCAGCGCCAUUGACGAGAUUACAAUCGCCAAAGGUGCCAUUCGUAUUCGAUGACGACCCGCGCCGGUCAUUCCAAGCACUCAAGACGACCAUGCUCAUGGCACACGUCCUUAGCAUCUACGACCCCACCUUGCCGACGAGAGUGACAACUGACGCUUCUGGCUAUGACAUUGGGGCAGUCUUGGAACAACACGACGGUGACGAUUGACACCCCGUGGAGUAUUUCAGCCACAAAGUGGCUCCCAUCAACUCACUUGAUGAUGCGAGGAAAAAGGAGCUACUCACGUUCAUGA